UUCAAUACUACAAGCAAAAAUAAAUUAUAAUUAAAGAAUUAAGCUAUAAAACGUGCUUUAAACCAUUGUAAAUCAGUAAGAAACGGUGUUUUAGGACUUAUCAAAUUAAUUAAACUUAUUAGUAUCCUCCAACAAUAAAGUUUUUCUCUCGCAAUGGAUGCUGAUAAUAAACUAUAUGAGUUGAUGAAUGUAAAUAGAAAUGCUACUGAUGCUGAGAUUAAGAAAAGCUAUCGUAAACUGGCUAUGAAAUAUCAUCCGGACAAAAAUCCAAAUCCAGACGAAGCUGAAAAGUUUAAGGAAAUUACUUAUGCUUAUGAGAUUCUAUCGGAUCCCGAUAAACGUAAAACUUAUGAUCGUUAUGGCGUUAAAGGACUUCAAGAGGGUGGUGCUGAUACAAAUGACAUGUUUAGUCAUAUUUUCGGUUCAUUCUUUGGUGGUGGAGGAGGUGGAAGAUCAUCAGGUCCACAACAAUGCGAGCCAAUUGUAAUGCAAGAGCUUGUGACAUUAGAAGAUCUUUAUGUUGGAGGUCGUGAGAUUCCACGUAAAAUUACUCGAAUCAUUGGCUGUACAAAGUGCAAUGGUCAAGGUGGUAAGAACGUCAAGAAGUGUAAAGAAUGUCGUGGAACUGGCACAAAAAUCAUUAUUCAUCAAAUGGGAUUCAUGACACAACAGAUUGCAUCAAAAUGCAAUGAUUGUGCUGGAACUGGAGAGUUUAUAGACAAAAAGGAUCGCUGUGACUUGUGUAAAGGAUCAAAAACGAUUGAGGACAAAAAGGAAGUAACGAUUCAUAUUGAUAAAGGCAUGAAACAUGCACAGAAAAUUGUAUUUCGCGGUGAAGGACAUCACUUGCCUGAUACAGUUCAAGGCGAUGUCAUUGUUGUACUGAAGGAACGCGAUCAUGAAACAUUCAAACGCGAAGGAAAUGACUUGAUUUUGCAACAAACAAUUUCAAUAACGCAAGCAUUAUGCGGCUUUGAUUUGUUGAUUAAACAUUUAGAUGGACGUGAUCUUCAUGUAAAAAAUCCACCUGGGAAUGUGAUGAAAAAUGGUGACAUUAAGUGCGUUACUCAUGAAGGUAUGCCACUCUACAAGAAUCCAUUUGAAAAAGGAAAUUUAUUCAUCAACUUUACCGUUGAAUUUCCUGAAAAAAUGGACGUCGAUUUAAUUCCACAAUUAGAGAAGUGCUUGCCACCAAGGCCGGCAUUCGUUAUGCCAACGGGUGAGCAUGUAGAAGAAGUGAGCAUGUCUGACUACGAUCCAAAUGAUCAAUCAAGACGCAAAAAACAUUCAGCAGCUUAUAAUUCCGAUUCUGAAGACGAAGAAGGUGGUCAUCCAGGCGGAGUUCAAUGCCGAGCCUCAUAAAUUCAUGUAUGUAAUUAUUUGUGGAUUAUCGACCCCCCCAUUAAAAUAACAGAUAAAGUAAUUCUGUUUAUUGAUGGUGUAUGGAGAUUCGUAUUUUUUGAUUUCUUUUUUUAGGUUUCACAAAUUAUAAGAAUAAAUUUUGGUUUAAUAUUUUUUGUGUCUGAAGAUGCGCUGAUCUUUUUUCUAUAUAAUCCAAAUAUUAUAAUUUUUUUGUUUUUUUGCAAAGUCAUUCAUAAGUAAUAACUCAAAAGCACCGUAGAUGAAAAAAAAAAUCAACAAUACAUAAUUUUAAUACAUAUUGUGUGAGAAUGUCUGGAAUAAAGGAUUAAAAAUCCUAAUUAUUGGAUGUUGAUGCUCAAUGAUGCUUCAAGUCUGAUCCUAAGGAUCAACAUUUAUAUGAUUAGUAUUACAUCACAUGACAGUUGAGAGUUAUUUUUUGUGGAGUAGCUCAAUUCUUAAAAUCUAGCUUAAAACUAGCUUUUAAAAGUUCUGGUUACUAGAAUAUACGAAUUGCCUAGAAGCAAGAGAACUAAAAUAUGAAACCUACUCCUGUGUUCAUAGAGUUUGAACAAUAUUACAAAGAUUCCAACACUAAAAACAACGUUAUAAACUUAAUUUCUACUCUGUCCAAGUCAAUUAGACUCAAAUCUCAGUUCCAGAACAAACCAGACCCAGUAUGAUUCUAUGGGAAUUUCCAUAUACAUAAUUUUCUUAAGAAUAACCACAAAAAAAGUAAUAUUUUCGACUGUGUAUUGUGAUAACAUGCGCAAUUUAACGACUGCUGAUGAUAGAAGCAUCAUUGAGACGCUCAAGUCCUGAUCAAAAAAUAGAUUUUAUUUCAUAAUUUUGAGAUCAAGCUCGAUUUGAUAUUUAACGAAAAAAAAACACAAUUAAUUAAUGAUAACCAUGAUUCGUACGAAAAAGGAGUAAAGAACUUAACAUUAAGUAGAACUGAAUAUAAUAAAAUGACUAUCGUUGUGAUUUAGCAUUGAAUGAUGAUGAAAAACCAAGAUUAAAUUAUAUGAAAUUCAGUAUAAAUUAAUUAAUUAAUCUCCCCAGUUUUUAUGGCAAUGCAGAAUUCCUUCAUAAAUAUUGUAAUUUUAAAUUAAUUUCAUACCUACUCAUUUGUUCCUUUAAAUCUUUCU